AAGGGCAGCAUGAGUGAAUGGGCAUGGCUCAGCUCAAUCAGGGCUCCAGACAAAGGACAUGGAAGGCUGUGAUUUCUGCUUCCUACGGACCCAGGCACUUCCUUAAGCUGGGGGCGGUGUUUUUAAAGAUAUGUUAAUAGAGCUGCCAGUAUUGUGACUGUAAGCUCAGUCCUCCUGUCCUGCACUCACCCCUGCCUGCUGCACCCGGGGCUCCUCAAGUCACACAGAUACAAGGAACUGUCAGGGGGAGGAAGACAAUGUAUCUGUGACAGUCACUCUGAACUCUUAGUGCUGUGUGGUCAGCCUGUGGGGCAGACAUGUCUGUGGUCCUGGUGGUAUAAUGGAGAUAAAGGAUUCUGGAAGCGUGGUCCUAACUGGAUACCAUUCUUACACUCCAUCAAGAUCCCCAAUAGUGGAGCACAGCUUUGUACCAGAGAUGCCUUCCACUCAGUGUUCUCUCAUCAGGAAAUCUCACUCUCGCAGAAUGAACAGGAUGCUUUCCAGUGAAUCACCUCGCACUCCGUCAUUUAAUCGUUCAAUCUCUGAAACGUCCAUGGACAAUUCUUCAAUGGAAGACUUUUGGUGUGAACUUCAACACAUCAAGGAGACCAGUGAAGAUAAUCCAGAUGACAGUUUGGUGGAAAUGAAGCCAGUGGAUGAAGGAGAGAUGGAAGCUGAAUGGCUCCAGGAAGUUGGACUAUCUACUCUCAUCUCAGGCACUCAAGAACAUGAUGGACAGGCUUUAUUGUCAACGUUGACACGAACGCAAGCUGCUGCUGUACAAAAGAGAUAUAACACUUAUACCCAAACCAUGAGGAAAAAAAACAAACAUUCAGUCAGGGAUGUACGUGAAAUCUUUGGGAUUAAUGACUCCUCGCAACAAUUUGAACCCCUGCCAAUCUCACCUCUAGCAACAAAUGGAGUUCAGCUACCAAUCAUAAAGAAACCCAUUUGGAAACCUGUUUCAUCUAAUAGCUGUGUAUUAGAGAAAUCCAGUCCCUCGAUAGCGGAAGAACUUUCCUUCGAGGCGUCCUUCUCAGAAACCAUUGUGUUGGAUGAUAAAGAAAAGGAAAUGCAAAAGAACCAAAGAAUAAAAAAGGAAGAUUGUAUUUUACCAAAAUUUAUUGUCUGGAAAAGCAGGUUUGGGCUGACCGAAGUGGGCGAUUUGUCUCUUGAAGAUAUGAAAAAAAUUAGAUAUCUGUCUCUGAUUGAACUAACAGCUUUUUAUGAUGCUUUGGGAAUUGAACUAAAGAGAAAUCGGACCGUUAGAUUCAAAGGAAAAGAAAAUGGUCUGUUUGGAGUUCCCCUGACAACGUUAUUGGAAAAUGAUCAAAAAAAAGUCCCAGGCACAAAAGUCCCCUUGGUUUUUCAAAAACUUUUGCAAAGACUCGAGGAGACUGGAUUAGAAGUGGAAGGUAUAUUAAGGGUACCAGGAUCUGCCUCACGAGUCAAGAGUCUGCGAGAGGAACUUGAGGCAAAGCUUCCUGACAAUACGUUUGAUUGGAAUAAAGUUCGGAGUAAUGAUGCUGCCUGUCUUCUCAAGAUGUUUAUCAGAGAGCUGCCCGCUCCCCUGUUUACAAUGGAGUAUCUUCCAGCAUUUAUUACAUUAGUCGAAAAAAUCUCCAAGAUCAAAUUGCAGCUACAAGCUCUUCAUCUAUUAAUCAUGCUGCUACCUGAUGCCAACCGUGAUAUUGCCAAGGCAUUGCUAAACUUUCUUAAAAAAGUGGUCUCAAAUGAAGAGAAGAACAAGAUGAGUUUGUGGAAUGUAUCCAUGAUUCUGGCACCAAAUCUGUUCGUCUUCAAAGGAAAAAGUGCAAACAAGGAGGAAAUGAAGGCAGCUGCAUCCACAGCGCAUAUUGUUAGACUGUUAAUUAGGUACCAAGACAUCUUGUGGACGGUUCCCUCCUUUCUGAUUUCACAAGUACGGAAAAUGAAUGAAGCAGCAUCAAGUAAUAACAAAAAACAACUCAUUUUCGACAAAAGUGUAAGAAAGUUGUUGAGGAGGAAGACCAUGGAAAGGGAAAGACCUGAAAGGCGAGAGCACUGUGAUGUACCUGAAGGAGUGAUCAGGGUCUACGCUCCACUGCACUCAAAGGUUUCCAUGGCGAUCCAGCUGAACAGUAGGACAAAAGCCAAAGAUAUCUUGGCAAGAUUUCAAUGUGAAAACAGCCAUGGGACAUCAGAAAAUGCCAAAAUACACAACCAAAGUUUAUACGAAAUUGGGGGAAACAUAGGAGAACAUUGCCUAGACCCAGAUACCUAUAUGUUGGAUGUGUACCAUGUAAAUCCUCAAGCAGAGUGGAUUUUAAAGCCCAAAGCAAGCUGAAACCAUGAGGUUGCAAUGGUCAUGCACACAUUUUUAUUGCAGGAAGUGACUGCACAAGUGCAAUGCUUUGGCUCGCAUGGCAUGUAAAGCCUUCUACAGCAGACACAGCUCAACAUGGUAGGACACAAUUUUCAAGGUACUAUGGAAAGAAGAAUAGAUUACACUACACCUGUGGAAAAAGGCAUCGCCUUGAAGAAUGUUUUUUUGUUGUUGUUGUUUUUUUUAGAACUUUGGAAAAUGUUUUAUAAUAUCUUCCAAUUUUUAAAAAUGAAAAACUGUUACUGUCAGUGAACUGUCAACAUAUGGGACAACAAAGUGAAGAUGCCCACAUGAUAACCACUCAGAUCGUCAAGUAUUAUUGCUGACAUACAGAUGCAGUGUUAGCAUCUGUUAAAACCACUAAUUGCUGGACAUGCAUGCAGCAAUUCAUAAAAAUUUCUUAGACAACAAUAGGUAACAAUAUUUCCUUUUGUAUUAUUAUUUUUAUAAUUAUUUUAAUGAAGAAAGCAUUUGGUGAUAUGAAUGCCUUACUCAUAAUUGCAGCUUGAUGAAAUUUCAGAAACAUUGUACAUCAAUUGUAUAGGAAACACUAUGUACAUUUUUAUUAUUUCUUUGUAGAUAUAUUGUUAUGUUUUUAAUAUGUGUUUGUAGUGGUAUGCAUGAAUGUUUAACCAUCUUCUCAUUAUUUCAGUAUUCCUGUUUAAUACAAGGUUUCAACUUUUAGGGUCAUAGAUGCCUGUUCACACAUUUUGAGAGACUGUAGUUAGAGACUGCUUCCAUAAAUAGGACCAUAGGACUAUUUGCCGGUGGUAUAGCUAUUUUGGAAACUGUGGACUUACUGCAUCUCACAUAAUUUAUUUAACAAGCUGAAAUAUCCUGCAAGGUUUUCAUGUAGGAUAACAGAAGGAGCAUUUAUAUCUAUGUAGCCCUUAUCAUUACACAAACAAAACAAAGCUGUAUCAUUAUAAAAAUUAGAUUGCCACUAAAAGAUAUGGUGGAAUAAAAACAUAGGUCCAUUU